AUCCGGUUCGCGACGGAUCAGUAACAGUCGCGAAUGCACGAACGGGCGUAGAGGAAGCGCCGUGGAAAAUAUAAUAGGAGAGGACGUCGCAGACAAGGAGCCAUGAAGCUUCUGCUGCAGUUAGCGGCAUCGAUUCUCCUGACAUCCGUUUGCGCCAGCGGCUGGCCUUAUCGUGAAAUAGUGGGCGUCGGGCAAUCGGCAGCGCCGUUGCUCGUUGCACCAGUUUAUGGACUCGCACCUGCGACGCGCCUGUUGCCACCGGAGGCGGAAAAAGAGUUGGCAACCGUCGUUGCCGGUCCUGUGACGGGGACCACGUUCGUCGAAGGAUCUUCUUCGGGACCUGUGACAAUCCAGUUGCCAGGAAACGCGGUCAAUCAAGUCGAGAACGUCCUACCGCCGAUAGAAAAAGCGAGCGAUGUGGCAAGUGUAUCCGAUGAUUCAGUGCUCAUUAAGGGAGCCUCGGCGGGCCCGGUAACGCUCGUCGCUGCUUCCGACAAUUCUGUCGUCAGUGCCGAUAACGCAGCGUCAGCUCGAGUUGCAACAAAGAACGAGGCUGUUGCAUCGUCAGCAUCGGGGAAGGCGACAGUCGCGAUAGAAAACACAGAGGAAUCAGCGAGGAACACGGCGAUCAGCGAAACAGUCGGUGUGGCGUCAGCGAAGGCUGUUAUAGGUCCUUCCACGGGGCCCAUAGUCAUCGUUGGUCCCACUGCUCCACCGCUGCCAACGAUCAUACCCCCGACAGUUACGCCACUGGAAGCUGCAACUUCGGAUGCCAGCAUUUCUGCUAGGGCUGCUUCAACUGCCAGCAGUUCUGCUAGCACAACUUCCACUACCAACGUAGCUUCUACUAUCAGUAAUUCUGCCAGCAGUUCUGCUAGCGCAACUUCGUCUGCCAGCAGUUCUGUUAACACAGCUGCACCUGUCAGCAGUUCUAGUAAUGCAGCUUCGACUGCUAGCAGUUCUGCUAGUGCAUCAACUGCCAGCAACUCUGACAGCGCAGCAGCGACUGCAGCUGCCAAUAUUGCAGCUUCAGAGGCAGAAUCUCCUAGAGAACUAAACAAUGGACCUAGUCUCGCAAGAGAUGCAACAGAGGAAACAGGAGCAGAGGUUUCGACGUCCAGCUCGACCGUGGCGACACAGAAUUCUGGGAAUUCCGUGGUAACCGCCUCAGCCAGGGUUAAUUUCAUUACGCCUGCAGCUACAAUCGCAGUCGACGAGGCAUCCUUAAGUAACGUUGUCGUAUCAACGCCAACGGUUCCCUCAGCAGUCGUUUCCGUACCCUCGGGUUCCAUUUCCGCCGCCGCCGCUAGCGCGCUGUACUUGCAAGCGCCACUCUAACCGUCCUCAGAACUCGAACUACUGUUUGUUUGUUCGGUACUUUCACCAAGCGAACGUCGAUUUAACCCUUUGUUGCGUGA